AUGAAUAUCUUUGCGUGCAACGAUCCUGAAACAGAGUUUUGGAGGAGAGGACAGUGCUCCGCACCCGCGGCCUGGCCAGCGCCUUCACGUCUCACACAUGAGAACGCAACAGUGGCGAUGGAAAGCGCGCGCGCGCUGCUGGUGCUGGCGGUGCUGUGCGGCGCGCGCGGCGCCGGGCCCGGCCCGCCGGCGGCCGCACAGCCUGCGCUGCAGUUUCGGCACGCACUCUACAACGUGAGCAUCCCCGAGAACAGUCCGCCGCGCAGCUACGCAGCGCAGCCGCCCGCCGCCGACCCGCUGGGGCUGCGCUUGCCGGCGCCGGACACUCGCAUCCGUUACCGCAUCAAGCACGGCGACCGUGAUAAAUUUUUUAAAGCAGAGGAGCGUGUCAUUGGUGACUUUUGUUUCCUUUCAAUACGUACGCGAGCAGGGCACUCUGAUGUUCUUAAUAGGGAGCGAAAAGACAACUUUCGAUUAGAGAUUAGGGCGACAGCGCAGCUUCCCAAUGGACGGACACUAGAGGCGGAUACAGUAGUAGCUGUUGAGGUUACAGACGAAAACGAUCUUAGUCCGCUUUUUUAUCCUACAGAAUACGAAGCUGUAGUACAAGAAGACGCGCCUUUACAUUCAAGUAUAGCGCGGGUCUCCGCGGAGGACGCUGACCUUGGUAUAAAUGGAGAAAUUUAUUAUAGCUUGGCAGAAGCAACAGAUCGAUUUGCCGUUCACCCAACCAGUGGCGUAGUCACAGUUACCCGUGCCUUAUCAGUAGCAGAGAGUUCUCGCUAUGUAAUAAUAAUACUGGCACAUGAUCGCGCAUCUUUAAUUACUCGAGGAGAUAAUGCACCCGCAGCACGGGCAUCGUUAGUAAUUCGAAUUAUCCAGGCGAAUCUCCAUGCGCCUGAGCUAAAAGUAAGACACUUACCUGAACUGAUAGAAAAUUCAACGGCUGAAAUAUAUGCAAUUGUGAAAGUAACAGAUCGGGAUUCUGGAGAGCAUGGUCGUAUUGCCGGGCUUGAAAUUGUUGAUGGUGAUCCUGAUGGACAUUUUCGGGUUCGGAAUUCCAUACAACCAGGAGAAUAUGAUAUAUUGGUACAUGCCCUUCUUGAUAGAGAGACUGCACCUCGUGGCUAUAAUCUAACUUUGCGUGCCACAGAUGCAGGAAAACCUCCUCGCUCAUCCUAUUUAACGUUACCAGUGUUGUUAACAGAUACUAAUGAUAAUGCGCCGAUAUUUAGCCGCGAAAUUUACGAAGCGAGUAUUCCAGAGACCGCUCCACCUAACACUCCAGUUAUUCGUCUUAAAGUUAGCGAUCGAGAUGAGGGUAGAAAUGCUCGAGUGUAUAUUGAAAUAGUAGGCGGCAAUGAAGGUGGAGAAUUUAUCGUUAAUCCUGACACUGGCGUUCUUUACACUGCUGUUGAAUUGGAUGCAGAGGAAAAGUCUUUGUAUACACUUACUGUAUCAGCUAUUGAUCAAGGAAAUGCAGGAACGCGUAAACAAUCGUCAGCGAAAGUAAAAAUUUCUAUAGUAGAUGCUAAUGAUAACGAUCCUGUAUUUGAGCGAGAGCAAAUAGAAGUAACGCUACAGGAAAAUGGCCCUACAGGUGCUGUCGUAGCUCGGGUCGUGGCACGUGAUUCCGACUCUGGAGAGAACGCUUACAUAUCAUAUAGCAUUGCCAAUUUACAACCAGUGCCGUUUGAUGUUGAUCAUUUUUCAGGUGCAGUACGAACUACACGGUUAUUGGAUUACGAGAGUAUGCGUAGGGAAUAUGUCCUACAAAUACGUGCUAGUGACUGGGGUUUACCUUAUCGACGUCAAGCAGAGAUGCGACUUACAGUGCGGCUUGAAGAUGUUAAUGAUAAUCGGCCACAAUUUGAACGUGUUGAUUGCGUUGGGUACUUAUCACGUCGCUUGAUCAUUGGAUCUGAAAUUGUGACGCUUUCAGCUAUCGAUUUUGAUGCUGGAGACGUAGUUUCAUAUCGUAUUAUCGGUGGCAAUGAAGAUAAUUGUUUUUCUCUCGACUCUAGCACAGGUGUGCUGGUUCUAUCAUGCGAUCUUGGUGAUGUACGAACAGAAACACGUGUGUUAAAUGUUACAGCUACUGAUGGAACACAUUUUGCUGACGCUGCUACAUUAACUUUACAUCUUGUGAGUGGCAGUGGAAGUGGUGGUGAAUCAAACUCGCUAGAAUGUCGCGAGACAGCCGUAGCUCGACGUCUAACUGAGCUUUUAGCUGCUGCUGAGCGAAGCAAUGCACCUAUUGACUUCGCAGAAGAUUUCCCUCUUGCGCCUUCCCGUUACGGUGAAAAUUUGCACUAUCCAGAGUUUGUUGAUUUUCCUAUCGAAGUGAAAGUCAAUGAAUCUGUGGCAUUAGGAACUUCUCUCGUUCGCUUACGUGCCCGAGAUCGAGAUCUAGGAUACAACGGCCUGCUAGUAUAUGCAAUUUCUGGUGGAGAUACUGAUUCUGCAUUUCGCAUAGAUCCAGAUACUGGAGAACUUAAAGUUAUUGGUUAUUUAGAUAGAGAACGUGAAAAUGAAUAUUAUUUAAACGUGACGGUUUACGAUCUUGGUCAUCCACAACGUACAGCUUCUCGCCUGUUACCAAUCACUGUACUUGACGUGAAUGAUAAUGCACCCCGAUUUGAAAAGACACUCGCAAGUUUUAGAGUAACAGAAAAUGCUAUUAAUGGAACAGCUAUCUUUCACGCAAAUGCAACAGAUCGUGACCUCGGUGAAUUUGGUUAUGUUACCUAUAGCCUAAGUGGAGGAGGUGAAGGCGAGUUUUGUAUUGACAAAACCACAGGUGUUGUAUCAGUCUGUGCACCACUGGAUCGCGAACGACGUGCUCUUUAUGAGCUAACAGUGCGCGCUACAGAUGGCGGCGGGCUACGUGCAGAAGCUCUGGUGCGUGUCGCUGUCGAUGAUGUAAACGACAAUGCUCCGCGCUUUGCUUUGCCAGCUUACAGUGCUCGCAUUCGUGAAGACGUGCCAAACGGUACUCUUGUCGCUGUGCUCGAAGCGUUCGAUCCAGAUUUGGGUACAGGUGGAAUUGUCACUUAUUCACUGCCCGAUCAAUCACCUGAUGAUAUUGUUUUUACAGUAGACGUUACUUCAGGCACGCUGCGAACCGCUAAGCGUUUAGACUUCGAGGAAAGACAGGUGUAUGGCGUGACAGUGCGUGCUACAGAUGGCGGUCAACCGGCACUUUUCGCCGAGGCAACCCUCAUCGUGGAAGUAGUCGAUGUGGACGAGAACGCACACACGCCAGUGUUCGCGGAGCGCCAGGCGUUCGCGGCGAGCGUGCGCGAGGACGCGGUGCCGGGCGCGGCCGUGCUCACGGCGGCCGCCAGCGACGCCGACGCGCCCGGCCGCGACUCGCGCCUCGCGUACUACAUUGUUGGGGGCUCCGGCAUGGCCUUGUUCUCUAUCGAUGACACGGGUGUGAUAAGAACGCAGACGCCGCUGGACCGAGAGACGACCCCGCAUUACUGGCUCACAGUGUGCGCUCAGGACCAUGGGCUGGUUCCACGCCACUCUUGUGUUGAGGUGUACAUCGAGGUGGAGGACGUGAACGACAUGGCGCCGUGGCCGGAGCAGGCGGAGUACGCGGCGGCGGUGCCCGAGCAUUGCGCGGCCGGCACGCGCGUGGCGCGCGUGUCCGCCACCGACGCCGACGCCGCGCCCGCGCCCGCCGCGCUGCGCUACUCCAUCGUGGCCGGCAACCCGGACGGGCUCUUCUCCAUCGACGAACAUACAGGUAAAGUAUUAAAAAUAGUCCUGUUCUCGCACGACCGGUCAGGCGAGAUCACGACAACGGGGCGCGCGCUGGACCGCGAGGCGGCGGCGACGCACGCGCUGGAGGUGGCGGUGUGGGACGGCGCGCUGGCGGGCGCGGCGCGCGUGCGCGUGACGCUGCUCGACCUCAACGACCACGCGCCCGCCUUCACGCAGCGCUUCUACGACGUGCGCGUCCCCGCCCCGCAGGACGAUGAGGCAGUUCUGGCGGAAGACGAAGAAAGCAGCUCGGAGGCCGAGAGUGAGGCCGAGGCUGAGGACGACGAGGAGGGCUCCGGCUCGCGCCUGGCGUGGGACCUGUGGGACGAGCCCGAGCCUGUGGGAACAUAUAUCGCCACUGUGGCGGCGCUGGACAGCGACGCGGGCGAGAACGGCACGGUGACGUACAGCGCGCGCGCGCGGGGGCCGGCGCGCGGCCUGCUGCGCGUGCACGCGCGCUCCGGCCGCCUCUACGCCGCGCCGCGCCUGCCGCUCGCCGCACGCCGCGCCUACGACCUCACGGUAACAACCCCCAUUAUGGUCACGAUAUCA